UGAGGACUGUUUCCUUCAUUGCCACUUUGUCCUUCAUAAUUUAUUGUUUAUUUAAGGCUAAAUUAAUCUGUUAAUACAUAUAAAGACUAUCAUCUUGUAGAUGCAGUGUAAACCUCUCAUUCCCUUUGUUUUGAGAGAAGAACCAAUUAAUGCAUAAACAAGGCAGUGUUAGUACGUAGACCAUUAACAAAAUGGGACGCGGCCCAAUGGCGCCACAGUUUGAAAACUCCGACUUGCUGUAUAGUUUUUGUUGUUGUAGCAUUGGGGGGGUUUAAGGUAUAUUUUCUCCGUUUUUAAUUGGUUAAAAUCCACUUGUUUGUAAAUAUGGGUGUUCAGGAUUUGUGGUCUAUCGUGGAGCCGGUUCGUAAGUCGGUGCCGCUGUACAGUUUGAGCGGAAAGACGCUGGCAGUCGACCUGAGUUUGUGGGUGUGCGAAGCCCAGCACGUCCAAGCAAUGAUUGGGAGAGUCACGAAGCCCCAUCUAAGGAAUUUAUUUUUCAGGGUAUCGUCCCUCACACUGAUGGGGGUGAAGCUCGUGUUUGUUAUGGAAGGAGAGGCUCCAAAAAUUAAAGCAGAAACCAUGAACAAGAGAACAGAAACAAGAUAUGGAGGCUUCAAGAAGAGCACUGCUCCGAAGUUUACAACAGGCACCAGCAGGGGGCGCUUUAAAGCCGUGCUGAGAGAGUGUGCAGAGAUGUUGGACUACCUGGGUGUACCGUGGGUGACAGCUGCUGGAGAGGCUGAGGCCAUGUGUGCCUACCUGGACUCACAGGGCCUGGUGGACGGCUGCAUCACUAACGAUGGAGACGCUUUCUUGUAUGGAGCCCGUACUGUGUACAGGAACUUCAACAUGAACAGUAAAGACCCUCAGGUGGACUGUUACCAGACUUCUCGAGUGCAAACAGACUUAAAUCUGUCCAGAGAGAAUCUUGUCGGUCUGGCCAUUCUCCUUGGCUGUGAUUAUAUUCCCAAGGGAAUACCAGGUGUUGGCAAAGAGCAGGCCCUGAGGCUCAUUCAGACACUGAAAGGACAAACACUCCUACAGAGGUUCAUCCAGUGGAAUGAAGAGACCACAGAAGUGUGUGAAGGAGGUGUAAAGAAGGUUCCUCACUGCAACUUGUGUCGACAUCCUGGAUCAGCUAAGACUCACGAGUCCCGCGGAUGUGUGCUCUGCGGCAGUAAUCGCUUCUGUCAGCCUCAGGAUUUCGAUUACCAGUGUCCGUGUGACUGGCACCGCUACGAACAGACUCGCCAGGCCUUGUCUUUUGAGGCAAACAUCAGGAGGAAAACACUGGCGAGUCAGCAUUUCCCUUUCACUGAGAUCAUUCGUGAGUUUCUGGUUUCCAAAGAUAAGCCUGUGUCACAUUUUAAGAGGAGGAAGCCGAAUAUGCUGCUGAUCCAGAAAUUUGCCUAUGAUAAGAUGGAGUGGCCAAAGCACUACACCAGCGAAAAGGUGCUAGUGUUGAUGACCUACGCUGAGCUGAUGAACCGAAAAUAUGGAACAGACAUGUCCUGCCAAGUUGAGCCCAUCCGAAUAUUUAAACCAAGAGUGAGGAAUGGCGUUGCUUGCUUUGAAGUCAUCUGGAGAACACCAGAACAUUUUGUGUUUCCUGAGGAUCGGCCUGCAGAGGAACAGCGUGAGGUGAGGACGGUGGAGGAGGAGUCUCUGUUUCGUGUGGCCUACCCUGAGCUGGUGGAGACCUACCUCAGACACAAAGCUCUGGCUGAAGAGAACAAGACAAAGAAAAAGAAGCCAAAAAGUAAAAUGGAGAAGCCCUCGGAUGAUUUAUCAGACCUCUUGGCUCAGAUGACUCUUCAGAGUUCCUCUUCAUCGAAUUCUACGACUCAACAGCCAAAGAUGCUCACUACGUUGGCAAGCACAGAUGAACCAGAGGUGGUGAUUUUGGACACACCGGUGAGCCAUAAGCAGAAUGAACGAGGAAAAGAUGAUCAUUCCAGCCUGAGUGAUUGCCCCAACACUCCUCUGUGUCAUGCUGACUCUGAGCCAGUUGCUUCACCUUCUGUCUCUGCUGUAAUUGAAGCGCUACACCUGAGUGAUAUCGACUGGGAUGCUUUGUCCUUCACAUCUUCUCCAUCCCAACAAGCAGCUACCAGCCACUCCACUGGUCCAGAGCUAAAUAAAACCACAGACAGUGAAACAGAGGGUCAAAAAACAGAGCAGAAAAUCUCACCUGAUGUCAAACCAGUAGACUCCAGAUCUGCUCCAGAGCUCUGUUACUCAGAGUGUCCUCUAAGGGAGCGGGUGCUCAUGAAGAAUACAGCCAAAAUCGUGAAUCAGGUAUGCAAUGAUGCAGUCAAGUUAAAACCCAGUGGACACAUUUCCAGUGAGGUUAGCAAAGAAUCUGCUGUUAAGAAAAAUGAAGCACGUGCAGAAAAAACCCAGAUAGAAAAGCCACCUGCCCCAGCUCAAAGUAAAACCAAUGACACAUUUAACGACUCCAAAAAGCCGCCACACAAAUAUAAAUUUGUGAGGACAGCUAUUCAGUCAUUGGUUGUCCCACCACAGAGGUGCCACUCUAACCCAGGUACAAGUGACAAGAAGGACGAAAGUAUGCCACAGACCACCAAAAAGAGUGUGUGUAUGAGCGUUCGUUCAUCCAGCGAGGACAGCGACGUGGAGAACCAGAAGUGUGGACCUCAAAGACGGACAAAAACAAAACCUAAACACAAACUCAAAGGCAGCUUUGUUUCAGACUUCCCUCUGAAACCAGUUGCUUCACACGCAGCGACCCAACCAACUGCAAAACCCGCUCGGAGCCUUCAUUUAGCAAGACAAAAACCUCAGAGAAAACAUUUUGAAAAUAACAGCACACCUGUAUCAACUGAAAACAACUACCAGGAUGUCCCAGCAGCUGAUGUGGGUGGCGACGUGUUCCUUCCCACUCCAGCCUCACCCAUCACCGUGUCAGAGAGCGACAACUCUGUGAUUUGUAGCGAGAGUCCGCUGCCACUGGCAGAGAGACUGAGGCUGAAAUUUCAGAAGUAAUCAGUGUGGUUACAUGACAAAGGACAAAAACACGUAAGCUGUUGCUCUUUUAACACUGAAAGUUUAGUCUGGACUUUGGAAACACUUGUAACAUAGUAACAAUCUUUGAUAUGGAAGCUUGUUGUUUUUGUUGCCACUGAAAAAAUUCCAAAAACCUUUUACAGUAUAUAAGUCAAGAUUUCAGGUUAUCUCAAAAUUUCAAAUUAAUAAUGGGAUAUUUCAAGUUAUUUUCUCCUACGUUCGAGUCAGGAAGUCGAAAUUUUGACAUAGUAAUCCAAAUCUUUGACUUUCCAGUGGCAGAAACAAGCUUCCAUAAUAAAUGUAAAACCACACUCAACAGAAGCUUUUUCUGUCACUGAAAAAAUAAAAAUCUUUUUUCCAUCCAUAAGCCAAAAUUUUGCAAUUAUAACCUGAAAUUUUAAGAUAGUAAUCCCCAAAUUUCUGCAUAUUUUCUCAAAAUUCCAACACAACAACUUGAAAUUUCAUGUUAUUUUCUCAAUAUUGAGUUAUUUUCUCAGAUGUUUGAGUUAGUAAGGUCAAAUUUUGAGAUAAUAACCAGAAAUUUUAAUGAAUUAAAAACACUCAACAGAAUAUGACUGAAGUAUGGAAGCUUGUUUCUGCCAUUGGAAAAACCCCCCAAAAAACAUUGUUUUCAUCCUUAAGUCAGUUACUGGUUAUUAUUUCAAAGUUUCACUUUACUAACUCAAACUUCUUAGAAAAUGACUAAAUAUUGAGCAUAUUAAUUAUUAAUAUUAAAAAUGUCUGCUUUUCAUUGUCUCACAAUUAUGAUUCUAAUAUCUUUGAGUUACAGUCAUUUUCAGUCUUUUAAUGUUAUAUACACGAACCUGUUAACCAAGAAACGUGAAUAGAUUUUGCCAUAAGCUUACUGUGAAUGAAACUUUCUGCAAAACAGAGGAGACCAUGUGCACAAAUAAAGUUUAACAUAUUUAAUACUAA